AUGAAAUCUGAGCAAGACAGGAACCGAUCGAAGAACUGUAAGUCAAGAUACGGCCCGCAUAGAGAUGCUAGCGGUUCAGGGACGCAAAGCAAAGGCAACCAUGUAAAAAAGUCAACAUCCAGAUAUAACAAAGGAGAUAAUUGGGAAGAUAGACAACUAAAGCAUGCUUUGAAGAAUCCUAAAGUUGAUGAUAUUGUUGUUGCAGGCCAAGAGCAGUAUGAUUUUGUAUUUGACAGUGAUGCCAUGAUAGACUUCAGCAAAGAAGAUGAAAUUGACGGAUACGAUGAUGAGGAAUACGAAAAGAAGCUGCUAGAGGCUUUAGACAAGGAAAGUGCCCGUGUACAAUCAAUGAAAGACUCGAGGAAGAGCCUUCCAGUAUACCAAUUUCGCCAAGAGUUGUUGGAUGUUAUUCGCAAUAAUCAAGUAGUCAUCAUAGUUGGUGAAACAGGUUCUGGUAAAACUACUCAGCUGCCACAAUACUUGGUUGAAGAUGGCUUCACGAAAGGUAAUAAGUAUCAAAUUGCGGUAACUCAGCCGAGGCGAGUAGCAGCUACGUCUGUUGCCGCACGCGUAGCUGAUGAAAUGGAUGUCAAGCUUGGACAGGAAGUAGGUUACUCUAUAAGAUUUGAAGACAAGACAACACCAAAUAAAACACUUCUGAAGUAUAUGACUGAUGGUAUGCUAUUACGUGAGUUUUUAGUAGAUCGCACUAUUUCUAAAUACUCAUGCAUAAUGAUCGAUGAAGCCCAUGAACGGACAAUAGCGACAGAUUUACUGUUAGGAUUAAUCAAGACAAUAUUAAAAGACAGACCAGAUUUAAGAAUUAUAAUUUCUUCGGCCACAAUGAAUGCGGCGAAAUUCUCUAAAUUUUACGAUGAUUGUCCCAUUUUCAAAGUACCUGGUAGACGGUUUCCAGUGGAUAUACAUUAUACUCUACAGCCUGAAUCCAACUAUCUAAAUGCUGCUAUUACGACUAUCUUCCAGAUCCAUACUACACAAGAACUGCCUGGUGAUAUACUAGUGUUUUUGACUGGACAAGAGGAAAUCGAAACAAUGAAAGAUAAGUUAGACGCCAUCAUGGCAAAGCUUGGUUCAAGAAUACCACAAAUGUUAAUAACACCAAUAUAUGCUAAUUUGCCUCAAGAGCAACAAUCAAGAAUAUUUCAGCCAACUCCAGUGAAUUGUAGAAAAGUUGUUCUUGCAACAAAUAUCGCAGAAACUUCGCUUACUAUUGAUGGUAUAAAAUAUGUUGUUGAUCCUGGAUUUGUCAAAGAGAACUCCUACCUGCCAAGUGCUGGUAUGAGUCAGCUAUUAACUGUUCCUUGUUCGAAAGCUUCGGUUGAUCAAAGGGCUGGUAGAGCAGGUCGUGUCGGCCCUGGUAAAUGUUUCCGAUUGUUUACCAAGUGGUCUUAUCAAAACGAGUUGGAGAUGAUGCCGAAGCCGGAGAUCCUGCGUACAAAUUUAUCACAGACAGUAUUACUUUUACUAUCGCUGGGAGUUAAAGAUCUUAUAAAUUUCCCAUUGUUGGAUAAACCAACUAUCCCCUCCUUGAAGAAAUCGCUAGAAAAUCUGUAUAUCCUGGGGGCAUUGAACAGUAAGGGUCAGAUAACUAAACUUGGUAAAAUAAUAACAGAGUUUCCUUGUGAGCCUGAGUUUGCAAAAGUUUUAUACAGUGCAGCUGUUGAUGAGCGCUGUACUGGUGUCUUGGAGGAGUGUCUGACCAUAGUCUCAAUGCUACAUGAAACUUCCUCCAUAUUUUCUGGGCAGAAAAAGGAAGCAGUUGCUGCUAUUAUAGGGGAAGUAGAAAGUGACCAUAUGCUGUAUUUAGAAGUAUACAAUCAGUGGAAAAAUGCCAAUUACUCGCGUAUGUGGUGCCAGGAUCACAAAGUCCAACACAAAACGCUAAGCCGUGUACGUAAUAUCCGGAAUCAGUUGGUCAGAUGUUGUAAGAAAUUGAAAUUGGACAGCAUCGAGAAGACAACAUCUGAGUUAGAUGUAACAGAGAGGGUUACAAAAUCGUUUAUUAGUGGCUUCCCAGCAAACAUUGUUCAAUUGGGUACAAUGGGUUACCAAACAAUGGGGAAAUCCACUGGAGGUUUGCCAAUAAACAUACAUCCAUCGAGCGUCGUAUUUCAAAACCAACUAGACUCGAAGAAGCCACCGAAGCACUUGCUAUAUCAACAACUAAUGUUGACAUCAAAGGAAUAUAUACGUGACUGUAUCCCAAUUAAAGAAGUGUCCUGGUUAAAGGAGAUGGUUCCGCAACUAUUCUCGUAG